AUGGGAUCAACGCAAAGGGAAGAAAUGGUACCGGCACCACCGCCGUACAUGGAACAAUCUUCAAGAUCUUUUGCACCUCCGCCAUUCCCUCCUCCUCUGACAAAUAAUGCAAAUGGACAAGCAUCUUCCUCAUCAUCUCAACCAGUACAGAAUGGAGACAAGAAAACACCCUUUCAAGAUGGUUAUGCUGCUGCUCCGCCUGAUCUAACACAAGCUCCUCCAACAUAUGAACCUUUCUCAUUCGAGGAUGAAUAUGCUGCAUUUUCACGAUCUACAGCCGAACGUGGAGCGCCUCGUUGGCAUUCUGCUCCGGUCUACAAUGUCUAUCACGAUCAAAAGAAUGCACAGCUAUCAUUUCACAUCGCCCUUCCAUCAACCCUUCCGCCUUGUGCUUGUGGAACAAAUUUUCAUUGUGAUUGCGGAAGACGAAGACCUUCGAUUUGGGAAACGACGAAUAAACGCAGUUUGUUCUCUUCUUCAUCUUCAAAGAUAGAAUUGCAAAGGAUAUCAAAUUUUAACCAUAAGGCAUACUUGGCACUAAGUGCGUCAAGAACAUCAAAGGGAUCGUCAUCAUACAAGAUUUCCAACGAUCGUGAUCAGAAGCUGACUGACCUAAUACAAACAGACAAUCAUCAGCGAAUGUUUGAGUUUAUUGACGGUCAACGAUUAUCUUGGAUUCGAUUUGGAUCUAGGUUGGAGCUACACAAUGCUGCUAGACAACCUUUUGCAAUCUUUCAUACAAACGUCGUCCCGGCCAGAUUAGAACUUACAGCAUUCCCAUGGGCACGUAUGCCAAGCGAUGAAUUGGAAUGUGAUUACAAAGGUUGCUCUAUGAAACCUUUAUACGGUUUCGUUUUCCGUUGCUUUGAUUGUUCAGAACGGGUUCCCGAAAAGAGUGAAAAAGGCAAUCUUGGUGGAGAAAAUGACGAAAAUCCUUGGAUCGAAACUUUUGACAUUUGUGAAGCUCAUCUGAUGGAUGAAUGUGCAAACCAUCCGCCAAAUCAUCGCUUCCGCCGCUUACCAAGACCUUUUGGAGAGUAUGACGAUGAGGUAUACGAGACACCACUUCUACAUGUUCGAGACUUACAGGCUCAAAGGCUUAGUCAAGAAAUUGUCAUGAUGACAUUAGCAUGUAUGCUUCUAGAGAAGCAAUAA